AUGGUGUUGGCAGCAGAUCCCUAUUACAAUCGCAAACCGGUCCCUGAUGACCUGAUCAAGGAUGUCGGCCUUACAGGCCUUUCGCCUGAAGAGGAGUACUGGAACCGCGAGCGCAAGUACAGCGUCGAUGGCGUCGAUGUUAGGAAGUUCAGCAACAGCAGAACAGGGGGCAUCGAGCCUCAAGCGGACCCGUACUAUGGCCGCAGACGGGUCUCUAACGCCGAGAUUCAUGACGUCGGCAAGACAGGCCUCACACCGGAACAAGAGUUCUGGAAUCGUGAACGCAAAUACAGUCUCGGUGGUGUGGAUGUUCGAAAGUUUAGUAUGAGCAAAACAGGAGGAAUCGAACCACAAGAUGAUCCUUACUAUGGUCGCAGGAGAGUAUCCAACGCGGAAAUCGCUGGCCUCGGCGAAACGGGCAUGACUCCCGCUGAACAGUACGAAGUUCGGGAACGCAAGCAAUCCCUCUUCCAACUGUCGGACGACCCCUUCGAGAACAUUGCUGGCCGCCACCGAACGAGCAUCUCCGGCGUGGCAAGCGGCGCAUCAGCAGCAGCGACGACCCGCCGCCGCAGCUCAGCGGUUGCUCCAGAUGCGAUGGGUCCUUCGCACAGUGGAUACCAUGGCGAGCAUCUCGCUACCAUCGAGAGCAGGAAUGAACUAGCACCGAACAAUAUCCGAAAGACGAAUUCCACUGGGCAGACAGGUAGUUCGGCUACCUCGGACACGCUGGACCAUGGUACCACGAGCUCGUCGUCAGAGGCAGGGCCGUCAGCUUCCAACAGUCAUAACCACGCGGGAGAGCAUGCAGUGUUCCACGAUGCGGUGACAACGGGUCACGAUCAUAAUGUCCAAACUCCCCAGGAUCCAGAUAGCAUUGCUCCCCAUGAGAUACGAUGA